GGGAGUGAGCUAAGCCUUUGGCUAAGUAUCCGAGGGUCAGGGAAAAACAAGCACGUCCCCCCCCCCCCCAAGGUUGUCCUCUCUGGGGCCGAGCGGCCCCUUUGUCCUGUGCACAGAUGCUAGCUUGGGGAACAGGGGGCAGCAAGCAAGGGUCUCCUUCUGGCUGUGGGGCUCCUGAGGUUUGCUUACAAGGCUGGGGUGGCCUGCAGCCACUAGGUGACACUGUGGGAUUAGCUCUGGAUGGGCAAUGGGGGCAGGAGGAGCCCAGCUGGCUGUGGCUGCUCUGACCCCCUGGGAUCAUUCAUGGGUGACUUCUCAGCUGGGCUGAGGGCUGAUGACGCUGCAUCCCUUCCCCAUGAAAUACAGGCUUUCCCCAAGGGAUCUGUGACCCCAGAUUUAGGGCCAGGGCUGCUUCAGAAGGCCCAGAUUUGCAUCCAGCCCCCGCCCCCUCCCAGCCCCAUCCCAGGCUCCCAGGGAGAGGAUAAGAGGGGCCUGGCAGAGCCCGGACCCAGCUGGUUCUCUCUGGGGAGCAGAGCUCUCGGGGUCCCCUGCACCAUGGCCUGGCCUCUCGUCUGCCUCCUCCUGCUCACCUGCUGCUCAGGUUCCUUCUCCCAGCCUGUGCUGACUCAGGCUCCCUCCAUGUCUGCAUCCCUGGGAGCCACGGUCAAACUCUCCUGCACCCUCAGUAGUGAAUACGAUGAUUAUGGAGUUACUUGGCACCAGCAGAUCCCGGGAAAGGCCCCUCGGUACCUCAUGUAUGUCUACAGUGAUGGAGAUGUAGAGAAGGGCGAGGGGGUCCCCGACCGCUUCUCGGGCUCCAGCUCUGGGGCCAAUCGCUACUUGUCCAUCAACAACAUCCAGGCUGAGGACGAGGCCGAUUACUACUGUGGGGCAGGUGAUGGUAGUGGUGGUUACCACAGUGCUACAUUCAGUGAGGAAGUGGGACAAAAACCCCCCUGCCAGCCCAGCCCCUGCCCCACAGCUGGCCCCGACUUCUGACACAGCCCCAGCUGCUAAAGGGCCCGAAUUUGUGCUUCCUCUUUCUCUGUCUGGGGCUCAGAGCCCCGUGUCCAGGAUCUGCCCAAGAGCCCACUGAGAGUAAGUCCCAGAAAUGGAUCAUUUGUCUCCCCUGACCAGCACAAAUAGUGAGCUAUUAACCAAGAAGCUGGAGGUUGGGGAGUUAUCAAAGAGUAGAUUACCAUGGAUACAUGCCUUAUGUACCUUACCUAGUUCACUAAUCCACCACUCUUUUUUCUUAGUACCAAAUGGUACUAAUGCCACUUAUAGUACAGGUUUAGUUAUGGUAUGAUUAAGGUACCAUCCUAUGCAUUUUUUCCCUUAAUUCCUUUGAUAUUCUUGACCUUUUUAUUAAAUCUUGCUUGCAUUCACCUUCAUAGCAUUUCUUGUAUAUACCUACUUUUUUUCCCCUGGCACUGCUACCACCCUGGUAGAGACUCUCAUCCUUCAUACUUGGACUUCUACAAUAUCCUGUUAGUUGCCUCAACUCUUUUCUUCAAGUUCAUUCCCACUGCAGUCCAUCCUCCAUGCUGCUACCCAAAUCAUCUUUCUAAAGUGCAAGUCUCCUCUAUUUAAUAAACUCUUGUGUCUCUUCAGUGUCUACAGGAUGAGACAUAACAUUCUCAUUUUAAAUCCCUUAAUAACCCCCAAUCAAAUAUCAAACUUGAAAUU